AUGGCUUUGAUGUUUCCUCUUUGUGUGGCUUUCCUUGUCAGUUUGCAACAAAUGGGUGCUCAGUCCACCAAGAAAGGAGAAAGUCUGAUUGCUAAGCAGGUCAAUUGUAUUUAUCACAAUAUGGAGUAUGUAAACUGCACAUGGAAAUUGAAGGAAGGGACUGCACCUGAUGUUAAUAACACAUUUUAUUAUGGGUUUGCAAAGUCUAACUUCCACAGAAAGUUCUGCAGUUUGAAUAAAGAGAACCAAAGUUGUGGAUUGAAAAAGAGAAAGAAAGCACAGAAGUGGUUGUGGUUAUAUAUAACAACUCUGAACAAUUCCAUGCUGCUGGCAGUGGAUAGCUUCCGACUUCAGAACCAUGGACCACAUAGAUUGAUCAAUAAAGAAACAAACACUUCCAAUUUGAAUUGUACAUAUUAUGAUGAUGGAAAUCUCAGUUGUAUGUGGAUACAAGACAAAGAUACAAUGUAUACUAGCGAAUAUGAAGUUAAUUACAUGUUCUCAGAAACUCCCUUGCAUAUGAAACAAUGCAGCAGAUACUUGCAGAUCAAUAGAUUCAAUGGUGGCUGCCUUUUGUUUGAGGAUUCAAACAUUUUUACAUCCAACUGGCUCUAUGUAUACAUCACUGACGUCAACAAUUACACCAUUGUGAAACCAUAUACAUUUAUGCUUGUAGAAGAAGUUAAACUGAAUCCACCCCAAAACCUGAGUGCUAAACUUAUUGGAAAGGAGGAGAUUUUGUUGACCUGGGAUUUACCAAAAAGCCAGAAGCGAGAGUGGCUUCAGUAUGCAAUAAAAUACAAAAGCAACAUGGACUCAAAAUGGAAGGUCGAAGAAUUUAAAAGACAAUCUUUUACCUUGGCAAGUGUUGAUCCGACGAAGUACUACACGUUAUAUUUAAGGUCCCGGUUGAAUCAUAUGUAUGCGCAGAAGUGUUACUGGAGUGAAUGGGGACCCAUGCUUAUUUGGGAGCAAAAGACUGCAGCAGACUCACCAAGGUUUCAUUCCUUUAUUCUGGUUUUAAUACUGGCAGCACUUCUGGCCAUGCUUGUAGCUGGAUGCGUGGUGUAUAAAAUAAAGAGAAUAAAUACUCAUAUGUUACCAGGAAUACCAGACCCGAAGCAUUUAUUUGUGGAACUCUUUGAGGAUUACAAUGGAAACUUCCAGGAAUGGAUUGGUGUAUCUAAGUAUCUCAUCGUGGACUCGCAAUCAGAGUGUAUUCCAAUGGAAUGUCAAAUUGAAGAGGAAUCAGUGAGGCUGAAAUUAGAGCAAGAGGAUUCUCAACAGCUUCCAUUAGACAAGCCUGGGAGGCCUGAUUCAGUCUCUGAGAGCAUUAAUGAGAAGAAGGAAAAGUCUGUUAAUGAUGCAGCAAAUUCACAAUUACUGGUUCCAGAGAAUGCAAUGAUCGAUAUGUCCAAGGUGAUCAUGGAUGAAAAUAUGUAUGUAAGACUAUGAAUGACAAGUUCAAACCUGCAGUUCUUCAGCUGUGAAGAUACACAAUACAUGUUAAAGGGAAAACAAAAAUCUGAACAACAAUCCCUGAACUGUGUACUGAUGGCACACUGGUAAAGAUUAUGCUUGAAUAAAUGUUUACAGACUAAUAGCCUCAUACCUCAAGAGAACAGCCGAUUCUCCAUUGCAGAUCACUUGAUUAUCCCCUUGCUCAAUCACUGCUUAAACUGUGUCAGUAAUUAAAUCGAUGUGUUGGAAAUUGAAGUGGAGAAAAAAUACUAUUGUCCAUCAUAUAAAAUUGUCUGUUGAUUCAGAUGUUAAUAAUUGUAUUAAAUAAAUGCAAAUGUAUAUAAGCUCAGUCACUCGAUAAAUGAAAUCUCAGCUCAAUCUAAUGGA